CAGGCAAUUUUUCUGGUUUCCCUACAAACGAGAAGGGGAGAGAGUUCAUUCAGGCCCUGCGAGAGGACCUGGUACUUUAGUUCUAAAGCUCUCGUUUCCUCGGGGAACAGAAUUGCUACACGCAGUAGGUGCGUUGUCUUUAGUCUUCCCCGUUCCCUCUGGGAGCCGGAAGGGGUUAAACCUUAGGCUCCGGCGUCGCGGGAGAAGUUAUAGUUAUUUAAUAUGUUUCCACUGACUGAGGAAAAUAAGCAUGUGGCCCAGUUGUUACUCAGUACUGGUACCUGUCCAAGAUGUAUCUUCAGAUUCUGUGGUGUGGAUUUUCAUGCACCUUACAAACGUCCCUACAAGGAGUUGCUCAAUGAACUACAGAAAUUUUUGGAAACUGAAAAAGAGGAAUUAAUUUCGGAUGUUCCAAACCCACCUCCCAAGAAAAUUCGACUACAAGAACUAGAAGAUGGGAUUGAUGGGAUUGAUAAUCUGAGUCAAAAUGGAGAGGGGAGGGUCUCCAUUUUGGAAGAUGGUAGCAUUGCUUCUAAGAACUCAAAUUUAAAUGUAUGCAAUGUAUGUCUAGGAAUUCUUCAAGAAUUCUGUGAAAAAGAGUUCAUUAAAAAGGUGUGCCAAAAAGUUGAGGCCUCUGGUUUUGAAUUUACCAACUUGGUAUUUUCAGUCUCCUUCCCACCACAGCUAUCUGUAAGAGAGCAUGCUGCAUGGUUGCUGGUAAAACAGGAAAUGGGAAAGCAGAAUCUGUCUCUGGGAAGAAAUGAUAUAGUUCAGCUAAAAGAAGCCUACAAAUGGAUAACUCACCCCCUGUUUUCAGAGGAACUGGGUGUUCCCAUUGAUGGAAAGAGCUUGUUUGAAGUGAGUGUGAUCUUUGCUCACCCAGAAACAGUUGAGGAUUGCCACUUCCUACGUGCAAUAUGCCCAGAUUGCUUCAAGCCAGCCAAAAACAAACAGUCAGUGUUCACUAGAAUGGCAGUUGUGAAAGCGUUGAAUAAGAUAAAAGAAGAGGAUUUCCGCAAGCAGUUUCCUUGUCCUCCAAACUCACCAAAGGCUGUAUGCACUGUUCUUGAAAUUGAGUGUGCUCAUGGUGCUGUUUUUGUGGCUGGGAGAUAUAAUAAAUAUUCCAGGAAUCUACCGCAAACUCCUUGGAUAAUUGAUGGAGAAAGGAAGCUGGAAUCUUCAGUGGAAGAAUUAAUUUCAGACCAUCUUUUGGCAGUAUUCAAAGCAGAGAGUUUUAAUUUUUCCUCCUCUGGAAGAGAAGAUGUAGAUGUGAGAACAUUAGGAAAUGGAAGGCCCUUUGCAAUUGAGCUGGUGAAUCCUCAUAGAGUACAUUUCACUUCACAAGAAAUUAAGGAACUUCAGCAGGUAAACCACUUCAUGACAUGGAAAUCGUCAUGUUUCUGCAACUCUGUAACUGAACUAGAGUUGCUAAUUGUUUUUCUUUUUCUGCUACUACAGAAAAUUAAUAAUUCGUCUAACAAAAUCCAAGUCCGUGACUUGCAGCUUGUCACAAGAGAGGCAAUAGGACAUAUGAAAGAAGGUGAAGAAGAAAAGACCAAAUCCUACAGUGCCUUAAUAUGGACAAAUAAAGCCAUACAGAAAAAAGACAUUGAAUUCCUAAAUGACAUAAAGGACUUAAAGAUUGACCAGAAAACACCCCUCCGAGUCCUGCAUCGGAGGCCCUUGGCUGUGAGAACUCGCAUCAUUCACUCCAUGGAGACGCGUUAUGUGGAUGAACAUCACUUCCACCUCUACCUGAAGACUCAAGCUGGCACCUACAUUAAAGAGUUUGUACAUGGAGACUUUGGGAGAACCAAGCCGAACAUUGGCUCUCUAAUGAAUAUGACUGCAGACAUUCUUGAGCUGGAUGUUGAGUCUGUAGAUGUUGACUGGCCCCCUGCUCUGGAUGACUAGCUUUCAAACUUGGAAACACAGAGUAGGGUUUUCGUGGCACGAUGUGGACAUCCAUUCAGCAUACACUGUAUGAUGGCUGUUUACUCACCAUAACAGUGUCUUGGAAACCAUUUGGAUCAUGUUGAUCUAUAUAUUUUAACAUUUGUUGUAACAUCUCAGGAUCUAUAUAUGUGUAUAUUUUGUGUUAAAUGUUCUAAGGAUAUCUUAUGAUUUUUCUUGUUCCCUCUCCAACCCCCACAAGCCAAACUAUGAAUAAUGGAAACAUUCUCUUAAUUAUUCCAUUUAGAGAAGUACACAAACAGGAUGCAUUCUGAUAAUCUGAGAAGCUAGAAUUUCUUUCAGAACAAUUUCCCUGCACAAGACAUACCACCUUCAAAAUCAUGUUCUAAAUUUGUUAAAUGAUCUUGACAAAAGAUCUAGAUUUAUACACAGGACAGUAUCCUAUAAUAUCCUAAGAUAUCAAAUGUAAAUCUGACAUCAUUGAUAUUUUUCCCGGUAAACUUCAAGCAAGCCGUUGUCAACAGAAGUACUCUUUGGUAUAAUCUGUCACAAAUCUUAAUGGCUUCAAGUUACUAUUUUGACAACCUAAAAAAAUCAAUACCUUUCCUGGGGAGGGAAAGUGAAACUUAGGAAUUGAGGUGUACCCUGGUAAGAGACUUCCAUAAAUCUUUUAAAUAAGGAGACACAAGUGCCUUCAGUAAUUUCAACCCCAGGGAUAAGAUUUUGAAAAAUUAAGAUUGCUAAACAAUCUGAUAUAUUCCAGAGUGCUUCAAUAUAUUAUCCAAUUUCCCACAUUUGCAUCAAGUGGAUAGGAUUUCAUCAUUUCCAUUUUAUAAAUAUGAAAACCAAAGAAUGGAAGUUAAAUGAUUUGUCUAAAAUUGUUAGUUACUUCCUUAGGAGGGGCUAAAACUGAAGUGUCCUGGUCUUUAAGGUCCUUUCUUAAUAAACCUUGUUAUUGAGCACCCACUGUGUAAAGGAGGCACCUGAGAAUGUCAUUUAAAUGCACUAACCAUGAGAAUUGACUUUUAGAAUUCAGAUGCCAAAUCAAGGAGCUUACCAAAAAAAUAGCCCAAGUGUAUUUCAUAUGAUCUCAUAUGAUGACCAUUUGUUAGUAAGUUGGUACUAUGAAGAGAGAACAGGAAAUAAGCCAAACCUAAAGAAAAUGGAUGGGUCAUUAAGAGGAAUGUUUCAGCAAUAUCAUUAAAAUUUGAGAUUUAAGUAUAAUUUGUCACCCUGAUUCAACUAUCUGAGCUUAUUUUAAAACACAUGUGACUUGGAUGGUAUUGGAUUAUUGUUUUCCAUCUCUUCAUUAAACCUACUUCAUAGAUACCAAGAUGUAUUAUUCAUUUUAGAAAUCAGGAAAAUUAUCUAAUUGACAUGAAGUUCCGUAUGUGAAUACUAGCAAAAACUUUUUUCACUAUUUUCAAUGCCAGAAAGUGAGAAAGGGAUAAUGGAAAUAAACUUCUGAUAAACAGGUAAGAAAUUUUGUGUGUUUCUCCAUUUCUGGGGAAGUUUUGCCACAAAAGAUUUAAAUAAUUUGGGAGAUGGUCUUUUGCAUGUUUCUUGUGGCUCAGCCUUGAAUUUAGUGGAAUCUCUAAACUGGAAAAAUUAAGAACUUCCUUAACAGAUUUCUAUUUCUUAAAUUCCUAUUCCUGACAUGCAAAGUUUUAAGCAAAAACAUUAGCUGUUCAUACUUUAUUUAUUCCAUAUGUUCAUAUAUUAUGAGACACAGGUUGUUAAAAGUUAACGUUAGGUCUUUGUGUUAUGCAGAGCUGGGAAUAUUAAGUAAUGAGUGCUACAGUUUCACUUUUGCCGAUAUAAAAUUAUUUUUAGUUUUGUGAUAUCCCCUCAUAGCUUUGUUUAAAUUAAGUCUUUAAUAACACUUAAAGAAAGGGCCUAUUGUACUUCUUAGUAUUUCUUUGUUCCAAAUAUAGUCUGUGAUUUAGUUUAGGAAAAACAACUCUGAAUACCUGGAAAAGAAAAAAAGAAAAAAAAAAAUAUCCCAAGUAAGAUAACUGGUGACAUUAACAAGUUAUAUGAAAGAAACUUGGAAGUUAAAUUUCCAUUUCCAAAGAGAAAAACAUUUUACUUAGGCUGAUCUUUUCUUUUGGAUCUUUAUCCUUGAUUAUUAAGCCCAUGUAAAGAGAAUGAGCUUUGACACAAGCUUUUUGGAUUUUCUGAAAUGGUACCCCCCUCCUUUUUUUUUUUUUUUUUUUUUUUUUUUUUUUUAUUUUGAGAGAGAGAAAGUCAUACGGGAGGGGCAGAGAGAGAGGGAGAGAGAGAAUCCCAAGCAGGCUCUGAACUGUUAGCACAGAGCCUGACAUGGGGCUCAAACUCACAAACUGUGAGAUCAUGACCUGAGCAGAAAUCAGGAGUCAAAUGCUUAAGUGACUGAGCCCCCUAGGUGCUGCUUUUUUUAUUAUGGAGAAAAAAAAAAAUACCGCUUUUAUACUAUUUAUUUUCAUUUUGAAAUAAUUUCAAAUUUACAGGAAAGUUGCAAGAAAAGUACAAAGAACCUUUCCCCCUAAACCAUUGAGCCAGUGAUGCUUCAUCACCCUGAAUACUUUAGUGUGUAAUUUCUACAAACAAGGAAAUUCUUCUUCGCCACAACAGAACCAUCAACUCAGAAGUUCACAUAGAUAUUACGACUGCGUA